AUGGACCUCAAAAGGAAAUCGCUCCUUAGUUUUGUCUUCGGAUUUGCUCUUUGUGUCAGCACCACCACGGCAGACCUCAGCUACUCCGUUCCGGAGGAGAUGAGGCCCGGAUCCAUUGUUGGAAAUAUCGCAAAGGACCUCGGCCUGGAGGCAGGGAGAUUAUUCACACGUAAAGCCCGUAUUGACACGGAGGAAAACCACCAGCACUACUGCAACAUUAAUUUAAAAACAGGAGAUUUUGUCAUCAGGGAAAAGAUUGACAGAGAGGAGCUGUGUGGGGAGAAGGUUUCGUGUUUGCUGAAAUUCGAAAUGGUCUUAGAGAGUCCUCUGGAGCUGCACCGCAUUUCACUUCUCAUCCAGGAUGUAAAUGACAAUACACCCGUUUUUCCGAAGGAAACAAUUAAGUUGGAAAUCAGAGAAUCAGCCGUCAAAGGAGCUCGAUAUCGGGUCAACGAAGCACACGACGCAGACAUCGGACAAAAUACAGUUAAACAAUACAGUUUACAAAAGAAUGCACAUUUUGUUUUAUCUGUUCGAGACGACAGCGAUGGAUCUAAGAGCGUCGAGUUGGUAUUAGACAAAGAGCUUGACCGUGAAAAGGAGCACGAUUUAAAUUUCAUGCUGAUUGCAGUUGACGGUGGCGUCCCACAAAGAUCAGGAACUGCUAAUAUACAUGUUACUGUGUUAGACGCUAAUGAUAACGCACCGGUAUUUGAACGGGCUGUUUACAAAGCCAGUCUACCGGAAAACGCUGCCGUUGAUACUGUUGUUGUCGUAGUCAGUGCCAGUGAUGCAGAUGACGGAAUCAACGGGGAGGUGACAUAUGAAUUUAGUCGGAUUUCAGACAGAGCUAAAAAGGUUUUUUCACUGAACAGUAAAAGUGGAGAGAUAAAAGUCAGAGGAUCACUUGAUUUCGAGACAAAUUCUAAAUAUGAAAUGCGGAUUGAUGCCAAAGAUGGUUAUGGACUUUCAUCUGACUCCAAAGUCAUGAUUGAUAUUAUUGAUGUAAAUGAUAACGCCCCAGUUGUCUAUCUAAAAUCAUUGACCAAUCCCAUGCCCGAGAACGUGUCACCUGGUACAGAGGUGGGCAUCAUCAACGUGCAGGACAGAGACUCAGAGACAAGCGGACAGGUUCGCUGCUCCAUUCAGCAAAAUGUCCCUUUUAAGUUAGUUCCUUCGAUUAAAAACUAUUAUUCUCUGGUGACCACAGGUCAACUGGACCGUGAACUAGUGACAGAUUACAACAUUACAAUCACUGCCACUGACGAGGGCUCUCCACCUCUGUCCUCCUCUAAAACUGUUCAGUUAUCUGUCGCUGACAUCAACGACAACCCACCUGUGUUUGAGGAACAGUCCUACAGCGCAUAUGUGACUGAAAAUAACAAACCUGGCUCCACAUUAUGUUUCGUUACUGCUCGAGACCCCGACUGGAGACAGAACGGCACCGUGGUUUAUUCUCUGUUACCUGGUGAGGUGAACGGUGCGCAGGUGUCCUCCUAUCUAUCAGUUAACGGAGACACGGGGGUGAUCCACGCUGUGAGGUCGUUUGAUUAUGAACAGUUCAGGAGCUUUAAAGUCCACGUGAUGGCCAGAGACAACGGUUCUCCUCCGCUCAGCAGCAACGUGACCGUCAGCGUCUUCAUAUCGGAUGUGAACGACAACUCUCCUCAGAUACUGUACCCCGCCCCGGAGGGCAACUCCUUCAUGACUGAGCUGGUCCCCAAAGCUGCACACGGAGGCUCUCUAGUGUCCAAAGUGAUCGCGGUGGACGCGGACUCCGGGCAGAACGCCUGGCUGUCCUAUCAAAUAGUCAAAUCCACUGAUCCGGGACUUUUCACUAUUGGUGUCCACAGCGGAGAGAUCAGGACACAGCGGGACAUUUCUGAAUCUGACAGCAUGAAACAGAACCUUAUUGUGGCGGUGAAAGAUAACGGACAGCCCUCUCUGUCUGCCACCUGUUCCAUGUAUUUACUUAUUUCUGAUAACUUGGCUGAGGUGCCAGAGCUGAAGGACAUUUCUUAUGAUGAAAAGAAUUCAAAACUGACCUCUUACCUGAUCAUAGCGCUGGUCUCUGUCUCCACCUUUUUCCUGACCUUCAUCAUCAUCAUCCUGGGUGUGAGGUUUUGUCGCAGGAGAAAGCCCAGAAUGUUGUUUGACGGAGCUGUCGCCAUCCCCAGUGCUUACCUUCCUCCUAAUUACGCAGAUGUUGACGGUACAGGAACUUUACGCAGCACUUACAAUUAUGACGCCUACCUGACCACAGGUUCUAGAACCAGUGACUUUAAAUUCGUGACGUCUUACAAUGACAACACUCUGCCUGCUGACCAGACUCUGAGGAAAAGCCCUUCUGACUUUGCUGAUCCUUUUGAAGACUCUGAAGAGGUAGGGGCUUUUCAAAUCAGUGUAUUUGUUUAA